AUGUAUGCCAAGUGUGGCGGGUUGUCGGAUGCUCGUAAAGUUUUCGACGACAUGACAGAACCAGACAUCCUCUCAUGGAAUGUGAUCAUUGCAGCUUACCAAAGACAUGGAUGUCCUUACCAGGCGUUGGAACUCUUUUACCAAAUGCGACAAACGGGCACCCAACCCAAUCAGUUCAUCUUUGCCAGCAUCCUCCCAGGCUGUGCCAGAAUGCGAGCCUUGGAAGAGGGUAUGAACUUCCAUCAAACCAUAAUCCAAAGUGGGUUUUUGGCAGACGUUGUAAUCGUGAAUGCUCUGAUUGACAUGUAUGUAAAAUGUCAAAGCAUACAGAAAGCGCGUGAGCUGUUUGACAAAAUGCCUCAACGAGAUGCGAUUUCAUGGAAUUCAAUGAUUUCGGGAUAUGCACAAAAUUGUCAUUUUGAUGAGGCUUUAAAGCUUUUCAAAGGAAUGCCUCGACGAGAUGUCGUCUCAUGGACUGCGAUAAUUGCAGGAUAUGUACAAAAUGGGCUCGUCGAAAAGGCCUCGGACACUUUUAAGCAAAUGCAAUUGGCAGGUGUAAAGUCAAACUCCGCAACCUUCGCUAGCAUCCUCCCAGCCUGUGCCAAAAUGGGAGCUUUGGACGACGGCAGGGAGAUCCAUCAAACCAUAGUCGAAACUGGAUUUUUUUCAAAUGUUGCGAUUGCUAGCGCCCUUAUAGACAUGUAUGCAAAAUGCGGAAACAUACAAAAGGCAGAAGAACUAUUCAACAAUAUGGCUCAAAGAAAUGUGGUAUCAUGGACUGCGAUGAUUACAGGAUAUGCACAAAAUGGGUUUGUUGAAGAAGCCCUGGAGACUUUUAAGCAAAUGCAACUGGCAGGCAUGAAGCCAGACUCCACAACCUUUGCCAGCAUCCUCGCAGCCUGUGCCAAAAAAGGAACUCUGAAUGAGGGAUAUGCUCAAAGUGGUGGUCUUGACGAGGCUUUAAAUUUUUUCAAAGAAAUGCCUAGACAUGAUGUAAUCUCAUGGACUGUGCUGAUUGCAGGAUAUGCACAAAAUGGGCUUGUUGAAAAGGCCUUGGAAACUUUUAAGCAGAUGCAAUUAGCAGGUCUGAAGCCUAACUCCACAACCUUUGCCAGCAUCAUCCCUGCUUUUGCCAGAAUGGGAGUUUUGGAGCAGGGUAUGGAGUUCCAUCAAAAAAUUAUAAAAAGUGGUUUUUUAUCAGCUGUUGUAGCUAAGGCACGUGAACUGUUUGAAGAAAUGUCUGCUCGAGAUGUAGUAUCAUGGAAUGCAAUGAUUGCAGGAUAUGCAGUGCACGGAUAUGGCAAAGAUGCUCUCGAACUCUUUAAAAGAAUGACACGUUCUAGAACAUACCCUGACCGUGUGAGCUUCAUUUGUGUUUUAUUUGCGUGCUGCCAUGCAGGUUUAGUGGACGAGGGCUGUAAAUACUUCAAUGCCAUGAGCAUCUAUUAUAGCAUUCUGGCUACAGAUCAUUAUGUGUGCAUGGUUGACCUUCUCGGCCGUGCGGGCUACCUUGAGGAAGCUUUAAAUUUCAUCGUCAAAAUGCCAAUAAAACCUGUGGAGGUUGUAUGGAUGUGUUUGCUUGGUGCUUGUAGAUCACAUAACGAUGUAAAGCUAGGUGUAUUUACAGCAACACUACUUUUUGAUCUGGACCCUAAAAAUUACACACCUUAUGUUCUUCUGUCAGGCAUUUAUGCAGAAAUGGGGUGGUGGGAUGAUGUUCAGAAGAUAAGGAGAUUGAUGAAAGAAAGAGGAAUGAGAAAGAUGCCUGGAUAUAAGAAGGACUUCAAGUUAGACAUCCAGGGUGUGAAUGACAUCUUCAUUGGAUCAAGAUAUGAUCCAGAUGAUGAGGCUAUGCGUUUGUGGGCCCUUUAUCCCCCGCAUAAGAGGCCGAAGAUCAUAGAUGUAGAAAAAGAUUUUGGACACAUGAUGAAGUUAAAGGUCGGUGAAGUGGAUCCCAUGAUCACAGUAGAUAUGGGAGUUGAUAUUUCAAAGUUAAAUAAAGAACAAAUGAAGAUGCUGGUAAAAGAACAAGGAAAAUAUAAAUCAUUAUAUGAGGAACUCUUAAGAAGCAGGGGCCAGCCUAUACCCCAGAUAGCAGAUGAGUCCAAACUGAAAAAGAAGGUUGAAGAUGCCCCUAUUGCAGAUAACCCUCCGGUUGAAGAAGAAAAUGUUGCAGAACCUUCUUCCCCUGUAGUUGCUACAGAUGAGGAUUUUCUUGUUGCUGAAGGAGCCACAAUUAUUAUAGAAGAAAAGAUAGUGGAAUCAAGUGAAGAACAACCCUCUACUUCUCUUCAAAAAGAUUUGCCAGUUCUGCAAAGGAAAGGAAAAGAGUUGGAAAGGGAUGAAAUAGAUGAAGAACUUAUGAACCAGCCGUAG